AUUCAAAAAAAAAAGAAAAAAAAAAAAGAACACCAUAAACCCUCACAUGUAUUUAUAUAUAUCAAAGUAAAUUGGAAACCACAAUCAACGAUUCUCCACACUAACACAAAAUAAACACAUAAUUUGCUGCACCGCCAUGGACGACGAAUCGAAUCGUAGCCACGGCCAAGCUCCGCCGUCACCUCCGCCGCCGGAACCACAUUCGUAUGACGGUGACGGCGAGGAAGAUGAUGACGAUGAUGAUGAAGAAGAAGAAGAGGUGGAGGAGUCUAAGAAGGAAGAAGAGGAGAUGAUUGCAAAGGUUAACAAGCUAAUGGAGAGGAUAACUGGUGCUUCUGAUAACCCUAAACCAACCGUUCUCCACGCCCUUGCCUCCAUUCUCGAAACCCAAGAGUCUCGAUACAUGGAAGAGAAUGACCAUUCUUCAUCCAGCAACGCCCGUGCUUCCCAUAACGUUGGGCGACUUGGGAGCAUAAUCCGGGAGAAUGAUGAGUUCUUUGAGUUGAUAUCUUCAAAGUUUCUGUCAGAAACAAGGUACACAACUUCCAUUCGGGCUGCUGCUGUCAGGCUUCUCCUGAUCUGUUCGCUAACUUGGAUUUAUCCUCAUGUUUUUGAAGAAUCUGUCCUGGAUAACAUCAAACAUUGGGUAAUAGAUGAGAAUUCUAGUUUGUCUGCUGAGGAGCAAAUUCUGAAGCGUAAUCCAGGGAGAAGGGAUGCUUCAGAUUCUGAAAUGUUGAAAACAUAUUCUACUGGACUCCUUGCUGUGUGUUUAGCGAGUGGAGGUCAAGUGGUUGAAGAUGUCUUGACAUCUGGCUUGUCAGCCAAGCUUAUGCAUUAUCUACGUUCGCGUGUGCUGGGGGAGACAAGUAGCAGUCAGAAAGACAUUAAUAAUUUAUCAGAGAGUAGGCAUGCAUCUGGGAAUACUUCAUUGAAAGGCCGAGAUGAUGGUCGCAGUAGAUGUCGCCAGGUCCUGGAAUCAAGUAAUUUAGAUGAUACAAGAACGAUUGAUGAGAGAUCAUUAGAUGAUCGAAUUCUUGUUAGGGAUCUAGAUAAAAGCAUCAGUGUACAAACUUGCCAAGAAGAUUCUUGGAUAGAUGGUGAACUCCAUGAUGGGUUGAGUGAAGGAGCUGACAUCUGUGAGGUAGACAUUGAUGAAGAGGACAGAUUGCAGUGCAGAGAUUUAUGUGAUGGAAGGAUAAAAUAUGGUGACCAUGAAGACAAUGCUAGAGGUGACUCUUCGAGACGGCGUGCAAACCAUGGAUGGGGAAGAUCCAGAUGGACGGGUAGGGUCAAUGAAGGGACUGUAGAAAGUGAACCAGUUUUGUCAUCCCCUGGUUCCAGUGGUCGAUUAGGACAGGGAAAGAGUGUUAGAGAUAGGAGCAUAUUGAGGAAUGUUGAUAUCAGAGUCGUACCUGAUUCUAAGAAGAUUGCCAGGAUUACUUCUGAGGCAAAUGUUUUGGAAAGAGAGGAUAAUGAUGAUUGUUUCCAAGAGUGCUGUAUUGGAAGUAAAGAUAUCUCUGAUCUUGUUAGGAAAGCAGUCCAAGCUGCAGAAGCUGAAGCUAGAUCUGCCAAUGCACCAGAAGAAGCGGUCAAGGCAGCUGGUGAUGCUGCUGCUGAACUUGUUAAAACUGCUGCUUCAGAGGAAUUUAAAUCCACUAAUGAUGAAGAAGCUGCUGUUUUAGCUGCUUCAAAAGCUGCAUCAACUGUUAUUGAUGCUGCAUCUGCCGUUGAAUUUUCUAGGAGCUCCAUCAGCAUCAAUAAUGAGGCUGAGAAUGCAGGUGUCAAAGAAAUAGAAUUUGGUGAGGAAGUUGAAGAUUAUUUCAUCCCGGAUAUUCAAUCACUUCUGCAGUUGAGGGAAAAAUAUUGCAUUCAGUGUCUUGAGCUACUUGGAGAAUAUGUAGAAGUUCUUGGCCCUGUAUUACAUGAGAAGGGGGUUGAUGUCUGUCUUGCACUGUUGCAACAGAAUUCUAAACAUCGUGAGGCUUCCAAAGUUGCCCUUCUGUUGCCUGAUGUUAUGAAACUGAUCUGUGCUUUGGCUGCUCAUAGGAAGUUUGCUGCACUAUUUGUGGACCGUGGGGGCAUGCAAAAGCUUCUUGCUGUUCCUAGAAUGACUCAAACUUUCUUUGGCCUUUCUUCUUGUCUAUUUACUAUCGGUUCUCUGCAGGGUAUAAUGGAACGGGUUUGUGCUCUUUCGUCAGAUGUUAUUUAUCGUUUGGUUGAGUUGGCUCUCCAGCUCCUUGAGUGCAACCAAGACCAAGCUCGGAAGAACGCAGCAUUGUUUUUUGCUGCUGCAUUUGUCUUUAGAGCAGUUCUUGAUGCCUUUGAUGCCCAGGAUGGAUUACAGAAAUUACUGGGUCUUCUACAUGAUGCUGCUUUGCUAAGAUUGGGAGUAAAUUCUGGGGCAUUGGGCUUAUCUAACUCAGGAUCACUCCGAAAUGAUCGAUCGUCUGCAGAAGUGCUGACAUCGUCUGAGAAGCAGAUAGCCUAUCAUACUUGUGUUGCUUUACGACAAUACUUCAGGGCUCAUCUCCUCUUGUUAGUGGAUUCUAUUCGUCCAAACAAAAGCCAUCGUAGUGCUACCAGGAAUAUUCCAAGUUUAAGGGCAGCAUACAAGCCGCUUGACAUUAGCAAUGAGGCAAUGGAUGUUGUAUUCCUACAAUUACAAAAAGACCGGAAGCUGGGUCCUGCAUUUGUGAGAACACGUUGGCCAGCCGUCGACAAGUUCUUGGUCUGUAAUGGACAUAUUACUAUGCUAGAAUUGUGUCAGGCUCCACCUGUGGAACGGUAUCUGCAUGAUUUGCUCCAGUAUGCAUUGGGUGUUCUUCACAUUGUUACAUUGGUACCUAGUAGUCGCAAGAUGAUAGUAAAUGCAACAUUAAGCAAUAAUCGUGCUGGUACAGCAGUCAUUUUGGAUGCAGCAAGUAUUGCUAGCAAUCAUGUUGAACCUGAGAUAAUUCAGCCUGCUUUAAAUGUAUUAGUCAACUUUGUCUGCCCUCCACCUUCUAUUAGCUAUAAGCCAGCUUUGGUUACACAAGGUCAGCAGUCUACUUCUACCCAAACAUCCAAUGGUCCUCUAUUGGAAACUAGAGAUAGAACUGCUGAACGGAAUGUCUCAGAUCGAUCUGUUAAUAUUUCCAGUCAGUCUGAUUCUAGGGAGCGGAACGGGGAAACUAGUGCUGUAGAUCGAAACAGUACCGCAACAGUUAAUACACAAACUGUUAAUAGCACUCCACAGACUCCUGUUCUGACUGCUACUUCAGGAUUGGUUGGAGACCAUAGAAUAUCUCUGGGUGCUGGAGCAGGCUGUGCUGGCCUUGCUGCACAACUAGUACAAGGAUAUCGUCAAGCAAGAGAGGCUGUUCGUGCUAAUAAUGGAAUAAAGGUUCUUUUGCAUCUCCUCCAACCACGCAUAUAUUCACCUCCUGCUGCUCUGGACUGUCUCCGUGCUCUAGCAUGUCGAGUCCUCCUUGGUUUAGCCAGAGAUGAUGCUAUUGCACACAUAUUGACAAAGCUACAGGUUGGGAAAAAGCUGUCAGAACUAAUUCGGGAUUCUGGCAGCCAGACACUUGGAACAGAGCAGGGUAGGUGGCAAGCUGAACUUUCCCAAGCUGCGAUUGAGUUAAUUGGGAUUGUCACUAAUUCAGGGCGUGCAAGUACAUUAGCUGCUACUGAUGCAGCUACUCCUACCUUAAGGCGCAUAGAAAGAGCAGCUAUAGCUGCUGCCACUCCUAUAACAUAUCAUUCGAGGGAACUUUUGCUCCUAAUUCAUGAACAUCUUCAGGCAUCUGGAUUGUCACAAACUGCUUCUAGGUUGCUUAAAGAGGCUCAAUUGAAACCUUUGCCAUCUCUGGUUGCUCCAUCUUCUCUUGUACAACAACCCUCCGCCCAAGAAGCUCCUCCAGUACAACUUCAGUGGCCUUCUGGUCGUGCUCCUGGAUUUCUAUCUAACAAAUUAAAGCUUAAUGCAAGGGAUGAGGAUGCCAGCACAAAGAGUGAUUUAGUUUUCUCUUCAAAGAAAAAAUCACUGACCUUCUCUUCUUCCUUUGGUUCAAAUUCAAGGCAUCAACUUGUAGAUUCUCGGCAGCCAUCUGCCAGAAAAUGGUUAAGCAAGUCUUCAGAAACUACAACAGUAUUGGAGACUCCAUCAGAACCUUCAGUGAAACAUAACAUUGAUGCUGAAUCUCAGUAUAAGACUCCAAUCAUCUUGCCAAUGAAACGUAAAUUAUCUGAUUUGAAGGAUAUAGGAGUGUUGUCAUCAUCUGGAAAGCGACUAAAUGCUGGGGAUCAAGGACUUUGUUCUCCUAUUUUUUCAACUCCAAGUGUAAUUCGUAAAAGUAGCCUGCAGUCUGAUGUUAUUGGGCUUUCUACACCAAGUUCCAACCUGAGAAAUCAACAAGGACGUUGUACAUCUGACUAUGUGGAUGACAAUCAAUGCAGUAUGUCAAAUCUAGGUCAGGUUACACCAUCCUCCCUUGGAAUAAAUGACCUCCAGCCCAACAACCCAGAACGAAUUACAUUAGAUUCUCUGGUGGUUCAGUAUCUGAAACAUCAGCAUCGCCAAUGCCCAGCUCCUAUUACCACUCUUCCCCCUCUAUCUCUUUUACACCCUCAUGUUUGUCCUGAACCCAAGCGAAGCCUUGAUGCCCCUGCUAAUGUGACAGCUCGUCUUGGUACACGCGAAUUUAAAUUUAUGUAUGGUGGAGUACAUGGGAAUCGCAGGGAUCGUCAAUUUGUUUAUAGUCGAUUCAGACCAUGGCGCACUUGUCGUGAUGAUGAUGCUGGUGCCUUAUUAACAUGCAUUACGUUUUUUGGGGACUCUUCUCAUAUUGCUGUUGGAAGCCACAAUGGAGAGCUCAAAAUUUUUGAAUCUGACAACAACAACGUGGUGGAGGGCUUUACAGGUCACCAGUAUCCAUUGACACAUGUUCAGUCUUUUGUUUCUGGUGAGAACCAGCUGUUGCUUUCUUCAAGCUCCCAAGAUGUAAGGUUGUGGGAUGCUUCUUCAAUUUUAAGUGGUCCUACCCAUCAAUUUGAAGGGUGCAAGGCUGCCAGGUUUAGCAACUCCGGGAAUGUUUUUGCAGCUUUGUCAUCAGAAUCUGCCCAACGGGAAAUCCUCUUGUAUGAUAUCCAGACAAGUCAGCUAAAGUCCAAGUUGUCAGAUACUUCUACAACUUUUACAGGCAGGGGUCAUGUUUAUUCUUUAAUUCAUUUCAGCCCUUCUGAUUCAAUGUUGCUUUGGAAUGGUGUCUUAUGGGACCGGCGGGUUUCUGGGCCUGUUCAUCGCUUUGACCAGUUCACAGACUAUGGGGGUGGAGGCUUUCAUCCUGCUGGCAAUGAGGUUAUUAUAAACUCUGAAGUGUGGGAUCUGCGCAAGUUCAGACUGCUUCGUAGUGUACCUUCAUUAGAUCAAACAACAAUAACAUUUAAUGCUCAUGGCGAUGUGAUAUAUGCUAUCCUAAGGAGAAAUCUUGAGGAUGUAAUGUCAGCAGUUCACACACGUCGUGUCAAGCAUCCUCUUUUUGCAGCUUUCCGCUCAGUGGAUGCAGUGAAUUAUUCUGAUAUUGCUACUAUCCCAGUGGAUCGCUGUGUUCUUGAUUUCACAACUGAGCCAACAGAUUCAUUUGUUGGGUUGGUUACAAUGGACGAUCAAGAUGAGAUGUAUGCAUCUGCCAGAAUCUAUGAAAUUGGUCGUAGGAGGCCAACUGAUGAUGAUUCUGAUCCAGAUGAUGCAGAGAGUGAGGAGGAAGAUGAGGAUGAUGAUGAAGAUGCUGACGGGGAUCCGCUUUUAGGCCCCGGUUUUGGUGGGGACAGUGACAGUGAUGCUGAUGACAUAAGUAAUGAUGAUGAUAGUGUUAGUGAGCUUGAUGAUGAAGAUGGAGAUUUCAUUAUGGAUGCUGGAGACUUCGAAGGAGGAACUGACAUAUUGGACCUUGUAACAGGUGGUGUUGAGGAUGAUGAUGAUAGUGAAGUACUUGAAUCUUUUAGUAGUGGCGAAGAAGAUUUUGGCUUUGAGUAUUAACUGUGAAUCAAAUGGUUCUAGAGGCUGUAAUUAUUGUUAUUUCUUUCUUCAUUAGGGCAAAAGAAAUUCUGGGCCUAAAAUUUUGCUGUUCUAACCUCUGCUAACAUAUUAUAAUAGGAGAAGGUCAAGAUGCAUGAACUGUAUAUAUUGUUUCAAACAACAGUUUACCUCGGACUCUCCUUUCUUCAUGUCUCUGGAUUUUUGAAGAAAGGGCAUUUUUUGUUUGGUUGCGCGUUGCA